CACGACCUGGAGGGCAUCGUCGCAGGGGAGCUGGUCUGGAGAUUGCACCAGUUAAUUUGGAAGAAGAACUACAAUCUAAAGUCCUUGGCGACGAGCAGCAGCAGGCCGAGUCGUUUUCGCAGCAAGAAGAUGAUGAUGAUCCGCAAGAGCUGAUUCCUUUUGGUGCUUCCCCGACCACCAAUCCGAACCCUGUGGCGAGCGCGCUUUUCCUCCAAAGAAACAGUGCGGAAAACCGCCUGCAGCCUCCAAAUCCUGCGCAGAAACAGUUUGGUGAUUGUGUAGGAGAUAGUUACGAUCUCUUCAACAGCAACAACGAGUUGGCGUUAGGCACCGUUUACGACCGGGAAUUUGAAAAGCGAAAAUCGAAGACAACGGAGCAGCUCGUGGCAGAAAUCAUGAACUCUUCCUCCACUUCUUUGAGCAUCAACAUUCCCAAGACUCUACAACUCUCGUCGUCCAAGGACAGCGGUGCCGAUAUUAGGACCUCGUCAUCGGCAGCAGCAGAGGUUACGAGCCGCGGAAACGAACCCCUCGUGCCACCCAGGACGCCCGAAUGGAGUCCAGUCGGCGACGCAUCAAGCAACAUGAACGAUGGGAGGACAGGCAAGGUCGGCGGAGGAGGGCUUCUUCGCAGUAGAUUCUUCGCAGCACAGCAGCAAGUUGGGGCGGAGGCCUUGAGGGAAGUAGAAGAUGACGGCGCUGCUAGUUUGGCACUGUCUCGGCCGGAAGAUUCUCUUCACCGUGGUCACGAAGGAGCUGCUCCAAUAUUGACAGUGUCGGAUGUUGGCGCGCAAGCAAUGAAUCCGCUGUCGCAUCAAACACGAGCGGAAAACUCGUUUCUGAACGAGGUUGCGGGACAGCUGGAGAAGUACAACACUGAUGGUAUGUUGUUCAAUUCCCCUGUUGAGGAAGAGGACGAUAUCAGUAAACAGAUGACGGGCAGUGCUACAGAUGAGGACAUGAAGUCAGUCUCGGUGGCGGACACCAUGCUGUACCUAGAGCAGUUCUUUCACCGACAAGAAAACACCACUGACCUCCGACCGGGAAGCAAAAGCAAUAGGAUCAUGCCACCCAACAGCGAAGACGAACAGGAACUACAAGGGCUCGCCCCUCCGGACAGGAGGGGCCCUGGUACUUCUAACCGUCAUUUAGCGGCCAUUACAGCUAAUGGAGUGUUGCAACGAGAAGAACUACUCGUGGACGACGACGAUCUCGCAAAAAUCAGCAGCCCCCAGUCGAACAGCAAAACGGAGCAAACCAUCGUGCUUGUGGUGGACGGCGCCGCUGCGGGCGGGUUGUCCUUGUUCUCGUCCUCCCCCUCGGUUUCCGAAGAGGACCAGCGCUUUCGGAGUUGCGUGGAAGACAACGACAAUCUUUCCAACUUCGAUCUUGCCCCCGCGGUCUCGAACGUCAAGCAUCAAAAGCCGCGCGGUCACUCCAGGAGAAGAUCGGCUCAGGAACAGAACCAGUUGCAAGGCGGACGACGUCGACGACUGUCAACAUCUCGUGGCGGUGGUGGAAAUUCUCGUUCUUCUGCCGCUCGGGGAAGUGGACGCGAUGUGAAUGCCGCUUCGCAGCAUGGCCACGACCGAGAUCCUGGUAGAGGCAAGCAGCUUGUUCAUCCGUAUGAAAACUCUGGAUCAUCGAGAUCGUCUUCAGCUUCUUCGCGCUCGCGGUCACGCUCGAGCAAUUUUUCUGAUUCGCGCAGUGGGUCUCAAUCGGGUUCCUCCUCAUCCUCGGGUUCAACGAGCGGCUCAUCCUCGUCGGGCGGCUCGUCCUCCAGCUCGCAACGCAGUGCGCAGCUGCAUCACGGCGGCCGCGCUGCCAGGCCAGGAGAAGGGUCUGGACGUGGGUCGUUUGGGGACGGUGCUGCGAGAAGCAAUAGAGCUCCUACCGCCGCCGCGGCAGGCACUGGUGGUCUCACUGAACACCAUAGGUUUCGUCUUUUUCCAGCUCAGCACCAGACGCCGGCGACACACUGGGAAGCGGUUAAUUAUCCCUACCAAAGCGGAAACAUACGAGCAGCAACAGAGACGGGCGGACUGGAUUCUGUGCAGCAUAAGCCACUGCACAGCAUCGGCAGCAAAAUGCGACGUUCGCAAAUCAAUUAUAACGGGCAAAAGGCGCGUGGCCGUGGGCGCAGAAAAACUUCACGCAAGCAGCCAGAAGAUCCGUUGCUAACUCUAUUCCGGAAACGAUUUCAAUUUCUGCUACGCUUCUAUCAGAGAGCAAGCAAGAGAUUGGAUGCGAUAUGCUCUGCGCUCGACAAAACCGAAACCGCUGCAGUAGCACCAAAGGAAGUAGUCACCAAGGGCCCACGAGGAGUGGCAAGCGAGGCCACAAAGAACCACACAGAGCAGCCUGUUCCUCCGAGACAAAGCAAAACGAUGCACGACAAAAAGCGUCACGAUUCCUCUGCUAGUGCGACCCGCUUGCUGCCCCCUGAAAAACUUCUUCCUGUCGGUGGAGGACCCAACAAGCGGGCAGCUACCGAGACGAAAGCCCCGCACAGUAACGGCAUUGCGCGCAAGGUGGAGAACGAAAAGCACAAGUUGCGGAACAGCGUUCUGAACAGCGAAAAAGAGGACGCGACAGGAAAGGUUGAGGACGACGGCAGCACCACGAAUCUGUGGGAAGCAAGAGACGCAGCUCCGACUUCCUCCGCCGCUCUGGUCAAGAAAGAUGUAAAGCUGCAGCGUGCCUUACAGCGGAAAGCGAGGCGGAAGGAAAAAAUAAGAAACGAGAAGCAACUGCAGCGAGAACAAUACCAGCAACAGGAUGGUUGCAAAGCAAACGAAGACUAUGUCGACAAGAGUGUGGUUGAUAGCGAACGGGCUGCAGACACGACUGCUUCUGCUGGACAAGGAGAUCCGCUAAAAGAGCAGGACGCAUUCCCGCCUGCACAAUUCACGGGUCAAGCGGCUAAUGGCUCCGGUGCCUCUGCGGAACCGGAUGUCGCGUCAGCGCGGCCAAAGUCCGGAAGCGGCAGGACGGCAAAGGCAAAGUGCGCCGCGAAAAAGAGAGCUAGUGGAAACGCGGGCACGGUACUAGUCGAGACGGGGCUCCUCGAUCAUAACUACCAACAGCCUGCAACUGCCGCUACCACUUCCACGACUCUGGUAACAGGGACUGCAUCAUCUGGUGCCGCCGCAGAGUCGUCCAGCGCCACUGCAUCUGUGUCAACUAGCACAGUUUCUGGAACUAAUGCUACUGGGGUAGGAGCUGCGCCACCAGCGGCUGCCUUUGCAGGAACGUCGUCCGCGAAGCCAAAAGCCAAAACUGCACGGCGACGCAUCAAUUUCCUGACGAGUGACUCUUCCUCAUCCUCUGACGACGCCGCGGACUUGAAUCCGGUAGCUGUAUCUGUUCCCUCACGGCCUGCAUUUAGUGUUUCGACAGCAAAGCCCAAGGCCGCGAACACAAGUUCUGUUUCACAAUCGGACCACGAUGCAGGAAAUAGAACAAAAGGGCAGGAUACUGCAGAAGCGCCACAACAGCGGACCCCGUCUUCUCUUCAUCACAACGGUAGUGUUCCGCCGAAGCAACGUUUUCGAGAAUCUGCUAUGCAGCAGAUGAGCAUCAAGAGGUUGAACACGAUGAAAUCAGAAGUCGAAAAUGAAAAAAGAACAACAGUAGUCGGAACAAAGUACAUUUACAAGACCUCAAAAAACGCAACGCCAACGGACCAAGAGGCUGCCCUCCACGGUAUUUCUGCAAUGAAGCAGAAAAAGAGAAAAUUGAAAUUCUUUGCGAAGGCGACGAAACUGAGCAAGAAAAUAUGGAUACCGAAGGCAAGCGCGAUAGAGUUGCGGAGAAAAUGGAAUGUCAACGACUUCGAAGCAAAAGGUGCUGCACCUCGCCCGCCGACAUUGAAGAAAGAUAGAGCUGUCCCAUGGUCCUCGUCCAAAUCUACUUUUACCCCACUGCUGUCGAACUGGGCUCGUAGGGUGCUCAAUGUGCGCGGUUGGGUCGUGACACACUUGCGUCGGCUACGAACGGAGAGUCGGGCGAAGUUGCUGCCUCCAAACAAGAUUCGCCGGCAUGUGGUGCCACGAAGCGGUCGUGGCGGUGAUCAGCACAAGACUGAUGCGCAGGCGCAAGACGAUCCGACAUUGUUGCAUGAGCGCGAAAAAUUCUGCGCCCAAGUCGAGCAACUGUUAGAUUUCUUAGCCGCAAAAGCAAAUUAAUGAAUGUCGGUUUGUCGUUCAUUUCAUGCAUCCUGUCGUCGAAGAGCUUGCGCCACACUGAUUUUCAUGUACGACAACAAACACAAAUAAUUUGACGAUGAUACUACAUAGCCAACGACUGUGUGACUGUUUAGCUUUAACUGCUACAGCUCAAGCCAGUUUUCGAUACGUAAAUCAACUAGCACGGAAGCAAACUCCAAGAACUAAGCCGGGAAAAGAAAGAGCCAAUCAUCACAGUGAAACUGUCAUGAAGAUAGUGAAGCGGAAUCUGAGGAGAGAGUAACG